AUGCUGAAGGAUCAGCUACCGCAGGAUAAAGGCAUCUCCAUCUCCAAUUUCGCACCGCAUUCCCACCGUCCGUCUUCAUCGACCAUCAUGGCCGGAUCCGCCUCUCUGGACUUGCUGGGAGCCAUCAACCGGCACAUGAUCUACGCCUUCUCUUCCUUCGCCUUUCUUCUCACCUUCAUCGCUCUCAUCGGCUAUCGCGCCCGCGUCGGGCCACGUUCAUGGCGAACCUGGACAAUUGCCUGCGGCCGGCUCGUCUUCUUCGACCUGAUCGCCAUCUUCCACUUUGCGUGCACCUUCUUCAUGGCCCGCAGUCUCGACUCGUACCACGCCUGGACACCCCGGGAAUGGGCAGGUUGGGUGUGGAAAGCCACCUCGAUCGUGGCCUUGUGGUUCGGCAUCGGGUAUGCCGUGAUUGUCGUGUUCGCUUCUGUGAGUGUAGGCCUCACGGGGACUUACGCCUAUCUGGAGGAGAGCGAGGGGGCGGCGGAAUACGAUAGCGACGAUGAGUCUGAAGCGUGA